AUGGAGAGAAAAGCAUUUCUUGACCAGGAGGCCCCUGUUGGCUAUAUCGCUGGUAUUGGGAGAGGUGCCACUGGUUUCACUACCAGGGCGGACGUUGGAAAUGCCAGAUUACCUCCUCAACAGCGACAAAUUGGUUCUGAUGAUGAAGAUAAUUUCCAAGAUGUUGAUGAAAGCGGUCUGCUUGGAGACUCAUUAGUUAAUAAGGAUGAUGAAGAAGCAGAUGCUAUAUAUCAAGAUAUAGACAAUAGACUGAAAAAUCGUAAUAAGAGAAGAUUGUCACCAGAUGGUGAAGAUAAAGCUGAAGAUAACAACUUGACCAAAAUUGCUAAUCAAUUUGCAGACUUGAAGAAGAAAUUGGAGGCCGUUACUGAAGAUGAAUGGGCCAACUUGCCAGAUGCAGGUGAUUUUACCAAGAGAAACAAAAGACACAGAAAGCUUCUACAAGAACAAAAAAGAUCAUAUGCAGCUCCAGAUUCAUUGAUAUCAGGGUUGAACGCAAGUGGCAACAUUGAUAGCUCUGUUGAUUUAAGUGCUUUAACAUCUGAAAGACAGAAAUUGCUCGGGUCUAAGAUUGAUUCAAAUUUCGAUUUCAAUGAAGACGAUGGUGUGGAUUCUGCUACUUAUUUGAAUGAAAUUUCUAAUUUGUCCCAAAACAAUGAUGAAGAAAUUAAAAAGAUCAAAACAAUUUUGAAUUCAUUCACGAAAGCUGAUCCAAAGAAACCUGAAGGUUGGAUCGCCAGAGCAAGAUUAGAAGAAUUCAACAAAAGCUUUGAAGCUGCAAAAAAAUUGAUCCAGCAAGGUUGUACCAAUUGUCCAUUUGAUGAAGAGAUUUGGUUGGAAAAUGUUAGAUUAAACAGAUCAGACGUGAAGUAUGCUAAAAUCAUAGUAGCUGAAGGUGUCAAGCUAAAUAACAAGUCGUUAAAGUUAUGGCUUAAGGCAACUGAACUAGAGCAAGAGGUUUUCAAUAAGAAAAGGGUACUAAGGAAAGCAUUGGAGAGUCUACCCACAAGCCCAGAGCUUUGGAAAGAGUCAAUCAAGAUUGAGGAAAAUGUUGAAGAUCAGAUCAGAAUUGCUGAAAAAGCCACUGAGCUAGCACCAGAGGAUGAAGAGUUGUGGCUAGAGUUGAUUAGUUUACAACCAUAUGAAAUUGCCAAAUCCACUUUGAAUAAAGCAAGAAAAGCCCUCCCUAAUAAUGUCAGCAUUUGGUUAACUGCCUGCAAGCUGGAACUUGUUAAUAAUCCUGGAAGUGAUAAGAUUGAAAAAAUGAUCAAAAAGACAUUCAAAGAGUGUAACCUUACAAAAGAUGAAUGGUAUAAACAUGCUAUCGAAUUUGAGAACCAACAACUCUCUUUGUUGACAGAUUUGAUUGUCAAUGAGCUGUUAUCUCAAGACCUUGAGCCAGAUUAUUCAUCAUUGGUUUCAGAGGCUGAUAAAUAUAAAGAUCAAAUCUUUGUUUAUAAAUCGAUUUUGAAUUUCAUUGUUAUCAAGUUCCCAAAAAAGACUGCUAUAUGGAGAAGACUGAUUGAGUUAUACAAGCUAAACUUUGAAGCUUCAGAACUUUACAAGAUUUUUGAAAAUAUUAUAGAGAUUUUACCGAAGAAUCCAUUGUUUUGGUUAAUGUAUUCUAAAGAAGUUUGGAAGAAUGGUGAUAUACCCAGUGCCAAACAAAUAUUGCAAAGGGCUUUUAAGUUUUUGGAUUCAAAUGCUGAUAUGUGGCUGGCUUUGAUUAAAUUAGAAAGUGUCGAACAAAAUUAUGAUCAGGUCCGUGAGCUGUUUAAAGAGGCUAGAGCAAGAGUUACUAAUGAACGUAUUUGGUAUAAAUAUGUUACCUUUUUAAGACAAUCAGACGCAACCAAUGAAGCAUUAGAGCUUAUUGAAGAUGGCUUAAUGAAUUUUCCAAGUUGUUUCAAACUAUACAUGCAAAAGGCUCAAAUUUUAGAAGAGUCUGGUGAUUUAGUUAAAGCUAGAAAUGUAUUAUCAGUAGGAACGAAAUCGGUUCCAGAUUCUGUUGAGCUGUGGAUAUAUUUAUCAGAUAUAGACUUCAAAUUGGAUAACGGUACCAAGGCACGUUCAGAUCUUGAUUUGGGAUUAUUGAAGAAUCCACAAUCAGAUAAAUUGUGGUUUAAAAAACUCCAACUAGAAUUGAAAUUGAAGAAUAUUGAUCAGAUCAAAGUGAUAUUGACCAAAGCUCUAAAAGAGUUUCCCCAUUCAUCAUAUUUAUGGAGUUUUAAUUUAACUUUCAACACAAAGAAGUCACUGAGAAAGACUUUAUAUCAAGAUGCAUUGAAUGCAACAAAUAACGAUGUUAGGGUGUUGAUAAUCAUUGGGUAUAAUUUUUGGAUUGAUGGUAAGCUUGAUAAGGCAAAAAGAUGGUUCGAGCGUGCCAUCAUAGCAAAUGAAGAUUUUGGAGAUGCUUGGGGUUGGUAUUAUAACUUUUUGAUAAAGAACAAUGAACCUACAGAGGAGUUUGAUGCAUUUUUAAAGAAAUUUUCAGAUGUUGAACCUCAUCAUGGUGAUGUUUGGCCAAUAGUUUCCAAAAGAAUCGAAAAUCUGGACAAACAGCCUACAGAUAUUCUCAAGCUAGUAGCCCAAGAGUUGAUCAAAUAG